AAGUGUAGAUUCCCCCAUAUCCUCUCUAGAAUCUCCUGCGCAGGGGGAUCAGCCAUCUCCGGGGAGGAGGCGAUGGUCGGAGCACGGGCCGGUGCAUUGAUCAAGGUCGCGGUUCAUCUGGCGCGCUCAUCACUCUUGUCCAUAACCGCUACGUUGCACGAGGCGCGCUGUUGGCGCCAGCUCUUGUUGGAUGCCCAAGCCGUCAGAGAUGGAUCAGCUGUAUACUUUGCACGGUUUAGAUCAUGGGGCGUCAUCCUCGACUGGUUUUACCCAGAGAGAACGGCAUCCAUGGACAAAAGCAAGCGUAUCAAUUCCGACGCCGCAACCGAGGUCGCAUCACAGUACAAGCACGGGCGUUCGGAAUCCUUAUGCGGGUCGCCUGAGCGACACUCUUUCCACUACCAAGCAGCAGGCCGGACAAAAGCGCCAGUUCUCUAGUCAACAACAUCCGCAGACCGUCACCAUUGUGAAUCGUGCUCAUGCGGGGUCUUCGCGCUCGGACCGGCCAACGAAGAGGCCACGGCUUGAUAGGCAUCUCACCCGGCCAACACGACGCGCUCCUCAUCCCCCGAACUCUUCGACCCCUCCCCAUUCGUAAUCGACCAUAGGAAGCCCCAUCAAUUCGACGAGCCUCUCCUACGCCCCGAUGGACCGACGACCAAGCGCGUCGAACAGCGCGUCAAGCAACGAGAGAACGCGCCCC